GCAGGAUGGAUUAUACGGGGUCCUCCUAUAAAGGGGAUAUGAAAAAUGACAAAAUGGAAGGAGAAGGAGAAUAUGCUUUCCCCUCUGGUACAAAGUACAUAGGGUCCUUCAAAGAUGGAACAUUUGAGGGAAAAGGAACCCUUCAUUUCAAAAAUGGUUCUACGUUCUCUGCUGUUUGGAAAAAUGGGAUUCCGCAGGAAGACACCGAAUCUGGAGGAAAAUACAAAUUCAAAGAUGGUCUGGAGUUUAGUGAGGCUGAUUGGAACUAUUGUGACGGUUAUGACAGAAGAUUUUACAGAGAGACUCUAAAAGGACUUAAACCUGCUGGACGUUCUCAAAAGGUCGACAUAGAGCCAGCUCCACCAAUUCCAAAAGGUUGGUACGAUUGUGGCGAUGGUGUGUAUAACCCUGACAAACGGAUAGUGUACAGCUACUCAGAAAAAAAAUUCAUAAGAAACGCAGAUGUGGAUGAACACAAAUGGAUUGUUACCACGUGUCGGCGAGGCUCUGACUUCUUCGUGGGCAAGCAGUAUGUUCCACCUACACCAUAAUUAUCAGGAUUUUAUGCAGGGUUUGAUUAUCACAGAAAAACAAUACCACUUUAAUGGUUUUUAUAAUAAAUACUGUUAUCCUAGAUCCUGUCAUUGAAUAAAGGUUGGGACUGUUGGUGACAGCGGAUAAUGGUACAUUAUAAUUUGUGGAAUGCACGGUUUUUGAUAGUUUGAUCACAUUUUGUACCUCAUAGUUGAUAUGAUACUUUUUUCAUGAUUUACAGAAAUAAUAAAUUAAGCCUGGGGAAAGCUUUAUAAAUCUAUAAAAAUUGUAAAUAUCAUUGGUUUUAUAAAGUUGUCCGUGAAAAGAUGUUA